GGGCGUGCCCGUCCCCGGCCACGGGCACGCCCAUCUAGGGCUAGGGAAUGCAUGUGACAUCUCGCGAUGGUUUUAAUUUUACUGUGAGAUAAACAAGCCGUCUAUGAACAAACGCUGUAUCCAUCAUUAUGGCUACUGGAAGUGAACAAGACUCAGGUGCUCAAGAGAUACUAGCCUUGGAUCUAUCAAAAGCAGUUCAAAAUAAUGAUGCCAGCGAAGUUCGGUCCCUGUUGAAACAGGGGGCCAACCCCAACCACCAGAUAUAUUGGGGUGUGGAAUGGUACAAGUAUAAGGGCAGUUUCCCUCCAGUACAUGUAGCGUGUAUGAAUGGCCACCUGGAGAUCACUAAAGAACUCGUUAGUGGUGGAGCUGAUAUCGAGAAAGGUGACGGACGACAUGGCAUGACUGCAUUUCACUGGGCAUGCCACAAAGGGCGUAUGGAGAUUAUGGUGUACUUGACACAGAAUGUAAAAUGUCGUACUGAUGUGAGGGACAUGAACAACCAGACACCUAUGCACCCAGCUUGUUUGGAGGGAAAUGCAGAAGUUGUCAAGUACCUAAUGGAAGUACUCAAAAUGGAUGUUGAUGUGAUGGACAAUGACAACAAAACACCGCUGCACUUGGCUUGCAUGGAGGGAACUGUGGAAGUUAUCAAAUACCUAGUUGAAGAGGGAAAAUGUGAUGUAGAUGUGAGGGACAGGGACGGACGAACACCACUGCACAUGGCAUGUACGUAUGGAUUCAAAGAGGCUGUUGAGUGGCUGGUGGAGGAGGGCAAGUGUAACGUUGGUGUGACUAGUAAUGGUGGCGACGCUCCUCUUGACCUGGCAAUAGUGUGGGGAUACCCUGAAAUUGCUGACUUUCUCAAGUCUCGCAUAAAUCCUCCACUCCUCAGUGAACCAGGAGUUCAAGAUUCCUCCUGACUUGAAGAGCUGGUGAUAGCUGCUAUAAUUAUUAUAAUGCUCAAUAGAAGAACUCUGUACAUGUACAUGUGUAGUUAACUAGCUAGGCUAGCUUUAGGUUCACCAUAAUUAGAAAUUCUAGUUUAAAUUAUUAUAAACACUCACUGUUUCUUAUUAGCAAUAAAAAUGA